AUGAUUGAGAAGCACGGCUUCAACAUUGUCGCAACAGAAUCAGACUGGCCAGAUGCCGAAGCCGUUGACCGCUGCGUUCGUCAUCGACCCCGGCCUGAUGUGGCAUCGACGGAACAGGCGGACGGUAAUAUGCAGCCAUCCGGCCGCUCGGACCUGGACGAUCCAGAGCAGCCCGCGUUCUUGCGCUUUCCUACCUGGAUGUGGCGUAAUCUCGAGGUGCACGACUUUGUCGAGUGGCUUCGAAAAUUCAAUAAGGGGUUGGACUCGCGCGAAACCGUCGGCUUCUACGGCCUGGACCUAUACUCGCUCGGUACCUCCAUGCAGGCCGUGAUUCAGUAUCUCGACAGCGUCGAUAAAGACAUGGCGAAUAUUGCUCGUGAACGAUACGCUAGUCUCAUGAGCUGGGCCGACCACCCUCAUGAGUACGGUCUAGAGACGCUUGUUUCCGGGUUUCAGGGGUACGAGAAGGACGUCGUCGAUGUUCUUAGGCGUUUACUGCGCAAGCGCCUUGAAUAUUCCGCCGCCCAUUGGGACGGCGUCGAAUUUCACAGUGGGGAGCAGAAUGCGAGGCUUGUCAGGGAUGCCGAGUACUACUACAAGACCUUGUACUACGCUCGAGACGAGUCGUGGAAUCUGCGCGACUCGCACAUGUUUGAGACCUUGGUCCGGAUCCUCAAGCAUCGAGGACCUGCCUCCAAGGCCAUUGUGUGGGCGCACAACAGCCAUGUCGGUGACGCUCGGGCAACCAGCAUGGGUUGGGAACGGGAGGAGCACAACAUCGGCCAAUUGUGCAAGGAAGCCUUUGGUGAAGAGAAGGCUCUGAAUAUCGGUUGCAGCGGCAACACUGGCACCGUCGCGGCCGCGAAAAACUGGGACUCUGACAUGUGCGUCAUGCGUGUCAAUCCUGGUAUCAGCAACAGCUACGAGCAGAUCAUGCAUGCCACCGGGCUGAAGAACUUUGCGAUCGACCUGCGCGAGGGGCACUGUAACAAAGAAUUGAGAGAUGCGCUGGCUGAAAAGAGACUGGAGAGGUUCAUUGGCGUUGUAUACCGUCCAGACACUGAAAGGCAGUCGCACUACUCGUCUGCAGUGCUGCCGCAGCAGUUUGACGGGUUCGUAUGGUUCGACGAGACGACGGCGGUCAAGGCCAUGGAAACUCAUCAACCGGAGAAUCCACCGGAAUACGAUGAGACCUGGCCGUUUGGGCUUUGA